UGGAUAAGGAUAACACAUAAUCAGCAACUCAAUCCCACUCUCCACACACACACGGUUACUUCAUAAUCUUCUUCCUGUUUCUCUAAACCCAACAAUAAAAGGAAAAAGGGCCUCUUUCUCUCUCUCCCACAUUUGAAUUUUCAAGAGAGAAAGACGACCCAGAAAUGGUGAUGGUGUCUUUCAUCUCAACUGUCCCUUCUUUUCGUGCAUUUGCUCCUCUUCAGUCUCCUUCCUUUGCCACCUGCAGUAGAUCUCUUGCUGCCUGUAGAUACCCCUUUCAUGGUACUACAAUUUGCUGUAAGAUUGAAGGUGAUGAGGAUCAAUUUGGUCGAAGGGAGAUUCUAAAAUGCUUCGGGGCGACCAUUGGAAUCGGAGUCAUAGCAAGCUCCAGCUCAUUUGUUGAAGAGGCUAAUGCUGCUGAUCUAAUACAACGCAGACAACGAUCUGAAUUUCAGUCAAAAGUAAAGGGGACCCUUUCUACAGCUAUAAAGGGAAACACAGAUCUUGUUCCAUCCAUAUUAACUUUAGCACUGAAUGAUGCUAUGACUUAUGAUAAGGCUACAAAAUCUGGAGGCCCAAAUGGUUCUAUACGGUUCAGCUCAGAGAUUAGCAGACCAGAGAAUAAGGGCCUCUCUGCAGCUUUGAGUUUAGUAGAGGAAGCAAAGAAGGAAAUAGAUUCAUAUUCCAAGGGAGGUCCUAUUUCAUUUGCAGAUCUCAUCCAAUAUGCAGCACAAAGUGCUAUAAAGUCUACCUUUCUUACUUCUGCCAUCCGUAAAUGUGGUGGGAAUGAAGAGAAAGGAGCCUUACUGUAUACUGCAUAUGGUUCAAUUGGUCAGUGGGGAUUGUUUGAUAAGCAAUUUGGGAGGUCAGAUACCGAAGAGACAGAUCCAGAGGGAAGGAUACCCCAGUGGGAUAAAGCAAGUGUUCAGGAAAUGAAAGACAAGUUCUCAGCUGUAGGAUUCGGUCCUCGUCAGCUAGCCGUUAUGUCUGCAUUCUUGGGGCCCGAUCAAGUGGCCACUGAGGCCCUACUGGCCACAGAUCGAGAUGUUGCUCCUUGGGUUGACAAAUACCAAAGAAGCCGAGAAACAAUCUCCCAAACUGACUACGAGGUUGAUUUGAUAACUGCCCUUACAAAAUUGAGUUCUUUGGGCCAGCAAAUCAAUUAUGAGGCAUACACAUAUCCAGUUCGGAAGGUGGAUUUGAGCAAGUUGAAACUGUAGGAUGUUAAUGGAUUAGUAAUUUUUACUCUCUUUGGCGGCUUCAAGGUUUGCAGAAGCUCAUUUGGGAUGAUCAAAUCAGAGAUGCAGCAGUCACUUUAUAUUUAGGCUUUGUUUGGAUAAGCGGCUUGACCUCUUAUAAGCUAAAUGAGCUAUUAAACUUAUUCGGUUA